AGCAACAAAUACUUUCACAGAAAAAAAAAGCUUUAAUUGUCGUUUCAUAUCUUACGCAUUCGAAAAGAAAGAAAAAAUGGCGUCGAACCAACAAAGCUACAAAGCUGGUGAAACCAGAGGCAAGACUCAGGAGAAGACUGGACAAGCUAUGGGAGCGAUGAGGGACAAGGCUGAGGAAGGCAGGGACAAGACUUCUCAAACUGCCCAAACAGCCCAACAAAAGGCCCAUGAGACGGCACAGUCAGCGAAAGACAAGACUUCUCAAACGGCUCAAACGGCUCAACAAAAGGCCCAGGAAACAGCACAGGCAGCAAAAGAAAAGUCAUCUCAAACUGCCCAAACAGCCCAACAAAAGGCCCAGGAAACAACACAGGCAGCAAAAGAAAAGACAUCUCAAGCUGCCCAGACGGCCCAAGACAAAGCCCGUGAGUCCAAGGACAAGACCGGGAGCUACAUGUCGGAGACAGGAGAAGCCAUCAAGCAAAAGGCUCAAGACGCUGCUCAGUACACUAAGGAGACGGCUGAAGCCGGUAGGGACAAGACGGGCGGGUUCUUGAGCCAGACCGGUGAGCAUGUGAAGCAAAUGGCUAUGGGUGCAGCUGAUGCGGUGAAGCAUACUUUUGGUAUGGCUACGGAGGAAGAAGACAGAGAACAUUUUCCAGGCACUACCACUACUGGUACUACUCGGACCACUGAUACGACUCAUCAGACUUAUCAGAGGAAGUGAGAAUAAAGAAGAGAGCUAUGAAUGAAUGUCUCUAUCUUUUGUUUCUAUAAUAAUGUUUGUUCGGUCUUUUGCAUUUCUGUGUUCUUGUGUUUGUAAUUUCCGCUGUGUUUGUGUCUUUGUGAUUGUGUUUCUUUUGUUGUAACGGUGAUCCUGGAGACUUCUAAUUUCCAGCGUCAAUAAGUUUAGAUUCGAUCCCGUUACAACAUUUGUGUCGUCCAAUUUGUACUAUUGCUAUAAUAAACAGCUAUUAAUUUCA